AUGGGCUGUGGUUCAAGCACAAAUAAGAAUGACAUCAUUCAACCGAUGACGAGCACGCCUGUCAAACAAGUCAAACCCGUCAGUGUUGACCAAUCCUUGGGCAAGCCCAUCAGCAGCCCACAGGCAGUUGCCACUCCAAAUACUGAAGCUGCAGAACCCAUCAAACCGCCGAGCGAAGCUCCCAAGGCCGUGAAAGUCGAAAAGGAGUCGCAGAACUCUCCUGCAGAACCCACUCCCUCCGAGAGCAAGAAGCAGAGUUCAAGCAUCAUCGGGGAGGAUGACAAGCUCGUCGAAGAUUCGUGGAAAGAUUGCGAAAACAAUUUACAGGAGUAUAUCGACAAGUUCGUUCUAAGAAUAGUCGCGUCCAACUCAAGAUCACGAGGCAUCUUCACUGUUGACGAAGAAAGCAGAGUAGAGGAAUCCAGCAAAGCAAAGGCUACCGAGCUCUUCGCAGCGGUUGGCCGAUCCAUCGCAGGGCUACAGGACUGCGAGAAGUGUGUUGAGAUCCUCAAAGAAUACAAGUUCGGCGUCAAGCCAGAACAAUUCUUGGAGAUAGCCGACAUUGUUUCAGCUGUUGUAUGUGAGAACGGCAAUGAUUCCUUGAAGUCUGCAUGGAGAAUCUCAGUGUACAAGACAGUCCAGAAACUCGAAGAUCGCCUGAGACAGGAAUAUGAAGGUCUUUCACGGGACCCUUCGGCUGUCGAGCCGGAGUGGAACCAGAAGCCGGUUAGGCUUCCUCUACAGACUACGAUGCAAUUCGGGACUCCCAGCACCCUCAACAGUCAGAUCAGGCCAAUGGACAGCAACAGCAAGUUUCAAGCAUUCUGA